CUCUCUCUCUCUAGUUUAUACCAGAUUCUCUCUCUUUCCAGUCUAUGCCAGAAUCAGUCGUCUCUCUCUCUACCCUGGGCUCAAUCCUCGUCUCUCCUGCCCUUCUCUCUACGAGGUACACAGCCAUUGUUUGUUCCUCUCUCUCUCUCUCUCACUCUUGGUUCUCUCUCUUUCUCUCUCUCACUCUUGCUUCUCUCUCUCUCUCUCCCUUGCUUCUCUAAUAUAUCUAACUCCGAACCAGACAUUCUCCGCCCCCAAAUAGUCCCUUUAUCCCUCUCUAUCAUCGCCUCUUGCAAACCCCAAAUACUUUUUUUUCUUCUCCUCCCUUUUCGCCAUGAAAGAAACCCAUGUCGAAGAAUCCCUUCGCCUGAAAGAGUACGCAGAGAAGAAAUUCUCUCUAUCUAAAUUCAAAUCUGCCCUAAAAUAUGCGAAAAGAGCGCAAAACCUCCAUCCCAAGCUCCAUGGAAUCUCUCAAAUGGUGGCCACCUUCCAAGCUCACUGUGCUGCUCAUGAAACCCUAGAUGGUGAUCCAGACUGGUACGCCAUUCUCCAGGUAGAGCCCUUCUCUCACAUCAACACCAUUAGAAAACAAUACAAAAAGCUUGCUUUGAUUCUUCAUCCUGAUAAGAACAAAUGCGUGGGCUCCGAAGAUGCGUUCAAACUUGUGGGAAAAGCAUGGUCCAUUCUUUCUGAUAAACUUAGGAAACAAGCUUAUGAUUUGAAAAGAAGGAUUUCUUUAGAGUUUCAGGUUGAAUCCGUAGAACCCAUCAAGAAAGUUGAGUCUUUCUGGACUGCUUGUACUACUUGCCGAGUGUUCCAUGAAUUCGAUCGCAAAUAUGUGGGUCACAUGUUAACAUGUCCAUUUUGUAAGAAGAGUUUCUUAGCUGUGGAAGUAAAUACAAAGACUGAUAAAGAUAGUGAAUUAGGUAGUGAGAAGAAGAAAAACGAGGAAUUGGGGGUACAGAGAGAAAAUGGUAAGAGAAAAUUGGGUUCCAAUAGGGUUGAGGAAUUGUCUGGUAAGAGAACUUAUUGUUCGGAUGGGAAAUCUUUGAGUUCUGGUGUGUUGAGAGAUGGGGCUAGUGAGAGAAGUGCAAAAACAAGCUCAGGUCUAGCAGGAAAUGGGGUUGGAAAGAGACGUGCAAGAAAAAGCUUACGCCCUUCAAGAACCGUGGUUAGAAAGAUGAAUGCGAAACCCAGUGAUCGAAAUGUUGGGUCAGGGGAAUUGGAUGAGAACCUUGCUGAAUUCUUGAGAACUCGUGUUUCUGAGGAGAGCAUAAACCCGAAAGUGAAAAGAAAGAGGGUCCAUGAAAUAAGUGAGAAACCCACUAAUUUACCAGUGACCAAACGAUCAGAACAGCCACUUUCUAAUGCAAAGAGGUCUACAGGGGCCAUAAUAUCUUCAGAUUGUAUGUUGAUGACAGUUGGGGAUUCCGAUUUCUAUGACUUCGAUAAUGAUAGAAUGGAAGAAUGCUUCAAAAAAUCUCAGAUAUGGGCAGUCUAUGAUGAUGAUGAUGGGAUGCCUCGUCAUUAUGCUUUAAUUGAAGAAGUUACAAGUAUAGAUCCCUUCGUGGUACAAAUAAGCUGGCUUGACAUAGAAAUUAAUGGAGAUCUAUCCCUAAUUCUCUGGGAAAAAUCAGGAUAUCAUACUGCUUGCGGUUUGUUUAGAACUGUGAGAAAGGCGACCAUUGAAUCAGUGAAUGUUUUUUCUCACCUUAUAAGUGGUGAGAGGGCAAUGAGGGAGAUUUACAGGAUUUAUCCUAUGCAGGGUUCUAUUUGGGCACUUUAUCGUGAUUUGGAUUCAAGGAAGGAAGAUCAUUUACGUGGUGAGAGCCAGAGGGCAUAUGAUAUUGUUGUGUCUCUUACUAGUUUUUCUGAGGAUUAUGGGAUAAGUGUGGCAUACCUUGAGAGAGUUAAAGGCUUUAAGGCAGUGUUCAAGAGGAGUGAGACGGGUGCUCAUGCUGUUAGAUUGAUUGAGAAAGAUGAAGUUAGGCAAUUUUCUCAUCAGGUUCCUGCUAGAACGCUAUCAGGCACUGAGGACCCCUAUUUGCCAGGAGAAUGUUGGGAACUUGACCCUGCAUCACUACCUUCUGUCGGUUUGGUUUCUUCUUAGUAUUCGGCUAGUUGCAUCUUUGUUGUAAUUAUAAAUUACAUAUCAAUUGAGAAAAAGGAAAUAUCAUCUCAUUGGAUAUUUAUUGAAAGAGAAAAAGGUCUAUUUAACGAAAAGAAAAAAUUAUCUCA